UAAAUGAAAAGCGAGAUGAAGAAAUCGCAUCGCGCGCAAGAAUCUCCAUCAGAUAAACCAUCCCGUGUCGGAGGCGAAGGUCGCGCGCCGUUCCUCCAUGCAGACUCCAUUCUUCAGAUCCCCCACAACAUGACGACGGAGGACAAAUUUCAGGCCGCUGUCAACAUUAUUCGGAGUCUACCUAAAGAUGGACCAUAUCAGCCAUCUCACGAUAUGAUGCUGAAGUUCUAUGCCCUGUACAAACAAGCAGUGGAAGGCCCAUGCAACGAACCAAAACCUGCUUUCUAUGAAGUAGUUCGAGGCUAUAAGUGGAGAGCUUGGAGCAGCCUGGGCAACAUGUCGAAGGCAGAAGCUAUGAAUACCUAUGUGGAGGAACUGAAGAAGGCUAUAGACCUGAUGUGGCCGAAUAAGGCUAGCUUGUGGCCAUCCAGACAGGCACUUAGCCACACCAGCCUCUGCCUGUUCAGUAAAGUGCCUUACAGCCAUGCGCCUCUGACCCAGAUUAUCGAGACCAUGGCAUACACAGAAGAUGUGGCAAACUUCAUUGACGCUCUUGGUCCUUUCUAUGAGUUUAUCGACAUUCCUGGAACGAAAAACAAGAACAACAACAACAACAAAGGAAAUGACAAGCCCGAUAACGACAAGAAAGACGAUUCUGCAGGGGAUGCUAAUGACAAACCCCUCACCAAUGGCCUUAAUAUGCCCGGUAAGAUGAAUGGCAUCCACAACCCUGACAGUGACUCGGGUUCAGGGUCAGAGGCCGCGCAGUCUUCGAGCCAGGACAGCUCGCCUCAGCACAGUAGAGAGGAAACCAUUACGCAGGAAGUCAGGGAGGAGGCCGAAAUACUCGAGGAGGAGGAGGAGGAACUAGUGGUUGUCGAGGUCAGGACCGAGAGGGAAGACAAGACUACACACACACUGACGCUCUCACCCAGGGUGCUCAGCGACACAGACUCGGAUGAAGAGUAUUCAGAACCUGCUGAGACCCCCGACCAUCUGGCAAAGGUGCAGUCUCUCUUAGCGGACCAAGGGCUCACUCCACCACGCCGCCUCCACCAGUCGGAGAACCAGGAAAGCACAAGUUACCCAGCCCCAGCCCCAGCUCUGUUAUCCCAGCAUGUCCCAGUCAGCAGUAGCUCGUCAGAUGAUGCUGUGACCUGUGGUGGAGGAGAUCAAAGCCAUCCAGGAGGACUGCAGAUGACACCCAGGCAGUCCCAGCAACGAUUUAGUGGCACUCCCCUUUACACAUCCCAAGUGUCCUCGGGCAGCCUUGCGACGCCCAUCCACUCGGGAGGCUUCACCAGAGGCAGUGGAGGAGGUGGGUCAGGGGGGGACGGUGGCAGAGGCGGCAGCACAGACAUCGUAGAGGACGUGAAUGCACAGCUGGUGGUGGUGCUGAGGCGCUUGCAGGCAGACAUGGAGAGCGUGCUGCACAGGCUGAACACGCUAGAGACAAUCACCCUGAGUCAGCACCACACUGUUUGUCACCAUUGCCAGACGGGAAGCUCCAACACCCCAACAGCACGCAUGGAGCCUUCGUGGUGGCCAUUCCCAGAGCUCUCUCCACGCUCCACAUUUUUCCUGCUGGUCUGGCCCCUCAUCCUUCACGGCGGAAUUAAGCUUCUCCUUCUCUUACGAUCACGACGGCGACAACGAUAAGGGCUGUUUUCCCCCUUCUGAAUUCUCUGUUCUUUUUACUAAUGAUGUGAUAUGAUGUAAAACAUUACAGCUACUUAUGGUACAGUGAAACAGUUGUACUCUUUCUGUAUGAUUGUGAGUGUACAUGAAAUAUUUUUCAUGGGUGAGAUUUUGGAAUCCAAACGUAAACUCUUUAUGAAAUAUAUAAGUAUUUUAUAAUGUUUUGUAGUGGAGGUAUAUGUAGGUAUAGGCAUAUGAUAUAGGGUAUAAAGAGAAUAAAUAAGGUAGAGCUAUUCAAAGAACCAAAAAUGUUUAAGCUUACCUUUUGCUCUCGUAUAUAGUUGCAUUUUGUUGUACUAAAGUGUUUUUUUUUUCUUUAUCAUGAUUAAACGUCUUUGUUUAGUAAAAUUGUAAGAAGAUAAGUUGAUUUACCUUUUUAUGCACAAUAAAAAAGAAAAAGAAAAGAAAAAAAAA